AUGGCAUUGCAUGGAUUUGCACUCCUUGCGUGCUCUGCGACAUUGGCUGCUGCAGAGUGUCCAGCGCUGUGCACUGCUACAGUGGACAACACUGCAUGGCCAUGCCGGUACCACAGCAGCGGUUGUCAAGUAACGGUGGCAGCAAAUCCCGCUCGAACCAGUGUCGACGACAUAAAUAUCGUGGUAAUCAGCCCGUACAGUGGCGGCUUGGGAGACCUCAUGACCAUGGUGGAGCCUGCCAUCGCAGCAGCAACGCAGGAUGUAGAGAACAGUGCUUUGUUGUCAGGAUAUCGAUUGAAUGUGUACCUUGGCGACUCGAAAUGCUCGGUGCCGGAUGCAACGCAAGCAACCAUCGAAGCUUGCACGACUGGCCCCACGAAGCACGUCAUCUUCGCAGAUUCCUGCAGCGCAGCAUGUGAGGCAGUCAAUGACGCAGCGCGAUUUUUUAAUGUAUUGCAGGUCGGACCUGGGUGCGUUUCGACAAGCUUGAGCGACUCCUCGCGCUAUCCCUACUUCACACGCAUGGCGCCUUCUUAUCGCUUCAACGUCCUUGCAGUCUAUGAGUUCAUGAUGCUCAUGAACUUCCAACGAAUUGGGAUUGUGUACGGCUACCGGAGCAUCAACAUCCUCGCCAUGGACCUCUUAGUGGAGCUCGUUCAGGAGGACCUCGAUGCAGGGCGCUACAACUGGACUGUCCUGUUCAGAUCGCAAAUUACGAGUGAAGGUAACCUUCCGGACGCGCAAAGUGCAACAGUUGAGAUGCGGCGAAAAGAUUCUCGAAUCAACUUUUUGGCAUUGUAUCAGACCGAGGGUUCGAUGCUACUUUGCCAGAGCUAUCACAGCAACAUGCUUUCUCCGGACUAUAACUUCCUUGUGGCAUCUGGGUGGUGGAACCCGGGCUUCAUAACGGAAAGGGCUGGUGCGAGUGAUUGCCCUUGCUCUGUUGUCGAGCUGCACCGUGCUGCCUUUGGGGCAAUCGCCGCAGAUCGCGGACCAAUGCUGAACACCGACGAUGUCCAUGGCAUGUCCGGUCGACGACUGUCAGAUAUCUACAGCAACUACACGCAAGACUGUUCGAGCUUCGCGGGGGGGAUAGGAGUCUGCAAUCACCAGUGGGCCGGCUACUUCUACGAUGGCAUUUGGCUUAUCGCCAGCGUCCUGAACGCCUACAUGUCGGGGAACAGGUCUGUCGCCGACCUCGCCACGGCGGCGUCCCGGCAGGCCUUGGAGGAGCUCUCGUUGCAGGUGGACUUCAUGGGCGUAACCGGCCGGGUGCGGCAAUUCAACACGGUCAGCCCCAUCACGACGCCCCCUUCUCUCGGAGACCGUGACGGUGUCAUCCUUCUGCGUCAGGCUGGAGGUCCUGCCGAAGACACCUUCAACCAGCUAGCUUACCGCACAGGGACGGGCAUGCUCUUCCAGACGGACGUGCAAUGGAGCCCGGAUCCAGCGCACCGAGUCAGUUGCAGUGGAGCAUGCAGUCUCAGCAGCGCUUGGCUGCCUCCAGAUCGCAGCAGCAGUUGCCCGGACGGUGAAGUUUGGACUAACGAGCUGGGCUGUACUGAGUGUCCGGCGGGGCAGCAUGCGUCCGGUGGCAUGGCGAGCUGCCAGCCUUGCGGCAUAGGCUUCUUUGCCAGUCAGCCAGGAGCAGCUAGCUGCCAGCAAUGCUUGCCGGGGAGCUACUCCUCGGCGACGGGAGCCACGGCCUGUUCCGAUUGUCCAGCAGGUCACUUCAGAAGCUCAGCCGGGGCGACUGAUUGCCAGAAGUGCUCCGAAGGCACGUACGCAUCCCAGCCAGGUCAGAUGGCAUGUACCUUGUGUCCGCCUGGCCUGACAACCAGCUUCGAGGGUGCCGUGGAGCUGAGCAUGUGCGCAUGCGACGGUUUUUAUUGGCAAGAGCAGUGCAUCCACUGUGGCUUGUCCGAGCUGUUUGACAACGGUGUUUGCGUGACCUGCAACAGGAGUCUCAUCUGUGAUCAUGGCCUUGUCGUCGGAAAUGCCCCGACAAACGCCGAGUGGAGCAACACGCUCAACAUGGCAGGGCGGCAACGCACCCUCGCCCAGAAGAUGACGAACGAAUUCCUUCUCGUAGCGUUGGGCAUCAAUCCGCAAGAGAACAAGGAGAAGAUGCAGGCCACCAUCAGCCUUUUUGCCACCACACUUCAAAGUCUCAUGUUCGGAAGCAGCAGUGACCAAAUUCUGGCGGCACCGACCAAAGCUGUGCUGGACCUCCUGCAAAACGAAGUUCUGCCGGUCUACACCUCAAUGGCUUCUCUCCUGCAGAACGCCGGAAGUUCGCCUGGCGGUUCAGUGCUCUACGAGCUGUCCGAGCAGAAUAUGGUAUUAUUUACCGCGUCCGAUAACGUGGUAAACCUGCUGGGGGAGGCUGCCGAGGCCAGCGGUGCUCAAACUUCCGGACUCUUGGUGGACAUCGCCGGCAGGCAGAGAAGCCUGAUCCAGAAGAUGCUUAAAGAUGUUCUCUUUUGCGCUCUGGGGGUGUCCGUUCAAUCCAGCCUUGAAUCUCUGAGAAGAAACCAGAACCUCUUCGAAGACUCGCACAAUGCCAUUAUUCAGGGAGCUGAGUUCGCUUCCAUCCCUCGGCUGACACGGCUAUGCCCAAUGCACCAGAUGCGCCACGUUACCUACUACUACGAGGCAAUUCGAGGCCCUGUUCGCGUACUGCUCAGUGUCGAGAUGACAGAUGCGAUGGCACUGGCCGUGUCUGCAGCGGAAAACAUGUCCUCUCUCACCGAUCCCCUCGCGGAGGCCAUGAACGUCGCCGUGGAGUUGUACGUGAAUGAUCCUGGCACGUGCACUCCCCGCAAGAACAUGACGCCCAGUGAUUGGUGGCUUCUCAUGAGAACUAUGGCGUCGCUGCAAAUACGGAGCCAGCAGGUCUAUCGCUUGUACAUGCAGGUGGCUGCAGGGUCUCUGGUCGAACAAGGAAAAGUCGAUUUGGCUGUGACGACGCCGGCCAGCACCCGGGAAAAAAAUCAAUUGAUCCAGGGAUCCAAAGCCAACGGGAUACCCGCGCCACCGACGCAGGAUCUCCUGUCGAGGCUGUUGUCCUUAGCAGAUUUGUGGGAAAACCUUCUCUCGAUCCUCGAGGAGUCCAUCGCCCUGGAUUAUCUUCCCGAUUCCGAUGUCGGCCGUGUCGAGUAUCUUACCAAUGACAUGCGCGAUGUUCUCUCGUCGCUGGUGAACGAUCUUGUGGCCGAGGCAACCAUGGCGGUUUCGGAGGACGUUCCGAUAGGUCUCCUGGCAGUGAUCAGCGAUCAGCAGUCUAGCGUGCAUCGGCUCGCUGCCGAAGCCUACGAAAUUGCACGUGGCAUCCAUGUGGAGAAGGUUGCGCUCGAAGUCAAUAAGACCAUCAAGUCUUUCCAUUCGGUGCAAAAGGAUCUACUCUUGGGAGCUGCAGCCAGCACCAGGGGGCUUGCUUUGCGGAGAGUAAGCAAUGUAUGCGCGGUCCAUCAGAUGAGAAUCGUUGAAGAUGGCUAUGGGAGCCUGGAGACGGCUGCGCUGUCGGUGGUCAGCGGGCAGCACAGUGAGCUUGACAACCUGCGCGGGCGUGCCGAGGAGACCGUUGCCCUCAUGGACGUGGCAGCCGAGUAUCUGAUCACGUAUUACGAAGGGGGCAAUGUGACAUGUCAGAAGCACAACUUGACGUCCGAGGAGUUCCAGGAUUUGAUGCUAGAGGCAUCCGAGAUCUGUGUUUUAACGAACCAGGCGUUUAGCCUCUUCGUUCGCCGAGAUUUCGCGGAGUCCUUGGAGGAGAAGCUCGCAGACGUCACGACGUCCUUUGAGAAGCUCAUGCUGGGCUACCUACACCCCCAUCUGCCUGCACCCCCCAGCCAGACAUGCUACAACUUUGCCCUGCAAGUGGAAGGCGCCGUCAAGGAAUUUCGCGAUGUUAUGGACUCCCUUGAGCCUUCUAGCACGGUGGCCGCCAACAAAGCCGCUGGUGUGUGCGAGGCGGCACGGGCACUCGCUGGCAGGUAUGCCGAUGAGGCUGAGGCGGCCUACCCGGCAUGGCCGAGAGCAAGGGUGGAGCUCUUGAACUGGCAGAGGGCCUUGGCAGCACAAACAUUUGCCGCGGCCGCAGCGGAGUCAGGGGGUGGCUUGGCACAGGCCACUCAGGAGUUCCAAGACAUGCAUCUUAUCCUCCGCGAUGGUGGUCAGGAUGGGGCCGUGUCGGAAAUCAUUCCAGAGCGAGAGGACCUGAAGCAGCACUGGAAGCAGAUCGACGCGGCUUGGGCCAUCUUCAAAACGGAGACGCAGGGCCAAAACAGCGAAGCAAUGCUGCAAGCUUUGAUCGACUUGGAGAUGGAGCUGCUCUUGGCACUUCCUGCGUUUGGGAUCGUCGAUCGCCCCAGUCCUCCCAACUCCCCAUGGGUUUUUGUGGCGACAUACUCCGCAAUGACCACUCUGCUGUGCCUUUGUGGACUUUCAGGGUGCUGCGUAUUCUACAGGGUCCGUCGAAAGAAAGAAGACCUUCAGCCAUCCGUGGCAAGCCAAGCUUAA